CACACAAAACUAAACAAAAAGAAGACUACGAUUACCCACCAAAACCAAAACCCAAUUACGGAGUACAUAGUUAUCAUCUAUGUUCAUCUCCUCGUAAAGCUUACUGCUGGCCAAAAACUUAUGCUAUCCUCGCCGGUGUUCUGCUCUUGGCCGGUACUCAAAAACCCUUGUCGGUGCUCCUCAUCCAUAUUGUAGAAAAUUGGGCUGAUUGAGAUAAAGAAAGAGGUUGGUUUAGUGUCUAGGCUAUCCUCGCAGCCAUAACUGAUAUUGGAGAAGGAGAAGCAAAAGGAGGGUUUUAGAGAUUAGACGGACCCCGUAGAGUUUCUUGACUCAAGCCCAUCCGCAAGAAAGAAACAAAAGGCAAUCUGGGUGGUCAGCCCUUCUACUUGGUUACUUCCCAUUGACAAUUCCCAUUUCCCAGCGAGCCAAAGAGAGAUAAAAUGGAAGGUGGAGCGAAGAAAAACGAGUCGAGCAACAUGAAAACAGCUUCCACUGACGAAGACCUCUCUGACAUCCUUCUCCAAAUUCGCGCUUCCAAGACCCCUGCAGUAAUCAAUUAUGGUGCUUCUUGGUGCCGAGUUUGCAAUCAGAUACUGCCUGCAUUUCAGCAAUUCAGCAAAAAGUUCCCAAAGCUUUCGUUUGUUUAUGCUGAUAUAGAUGAGUGCCCUGAGACUACUCAACAUAUUCGCUAUACACCUACAUUUCAGUUCUACCGUGAUGGUGAGAGAGUAGACGAGAUGUUUGGAGCUGGAGAAGAACGGCUACAUGACCGUCUUUGGUUACAUUCUUGAUGUAGUCUUGUGUGGGCUGUAGCCUAGGUUGAGGAUGUAUUCUGAAAUUACAGUAUAUGAACCCAAAAGUUCCUCAAAUUUAACUAUAAUACUACCCAAGAUUUUCCAUUC